UUGUAGGCAGAAAAUCUAAGACAUUCACUAGGCUCCCUCUGACAAGACAGUCUUCUUCCUCUGUUCUUCACAGCUAUCCCAGUGGGAGGAGUUGAAACCUGACCCAAGUCCUUACCUCCUAGAAAGGAUUGGAUCCUCCUUGCUAAGAGCAAGGAAUACGUAUCUUGGCCAAACAGGCUGAGUUUGUAAAAGAACUUCAGCAAAUCAGGAGUGAUUGGAUGAAAAGCAAACCCCUGACCCACCCCUCCUGCACCUGACGAGGGGGUAUUUACAGCGCUUUGCGAGGAGUCCCGGCACUACAUAAUUUUACUGCAUGGGGUAAGCGGAGGAGACAAUGCUAUAGAGGACCAAUGUGCAACUAGUGAGUCUGUCUGCAGUUGCCCAAAAGCCGGGGACCGUUAUUCUGCAGCUGAAAGGAAGUUCAGGAAGAAGGCAAUCCUGCAUUUCAAAAUGCCACGAUCCUUCUUGGUCAAGAAACAUUUCAACUCUUCCAAAAAGCCAAAUUACGGUGAACUGGAUACUCACACAGUGAUCAUUUCCCCAUACCUUUAUGAGAGCUACCCAAUGCCUAUCAUUCCACAGCCAGAGAUCCUGAGCUCAGUCGCUUACAACCCCAUCACAGUGUGGACUACAACUGGGCUGCUGCCUUCUCCCUUACCCAGUGACCUCUCACCUCUCUCUGGAUACCCGUCCUCGUUGGGAAGAGUCAGUCCACCUCCACAUUCUGACACUUCAUCCAAGGAUCACAGUGGCUCAGAGAGUCCCAUUAGUGAUGAAGAAGAGAGAAUUCAGGCCAAGCUUUCAGAUCCCCAUGCAAUUGAAGCAGAGAAAUUUCAGUGCAGCUUAUGCAAUAAGACCUAUUCAACUUUCUCUGGACUGGCUAAACAUAAGCAGUUGCACUGUGAUGCCCAGUCUAGGAAAUCUUUCAGUUGUAAAUACUGUGAUAAGGAAUAUGUGAGCCUAGGAGCUCUUAAGAUGCACAUCAGGACCCACACUCUACCUUGUGUUUGCAAGAUCUGUGGCAAGGCUUUCUCGAGACCAUGGUUACUUCAAGGACACAUCAGAACUCACACUGGAGAGAAGCCUUUUUCGUGCCCUCAUUGUAACAGAGCAUUUGCAGACAGGUCAAACUUGAGGGCCCACCUGCAGACCCAUUCGGAUGUGAAGAAAUACCAGUGCAAAAAUUGUUCCAAAACUUUCUCCCGAAUGUCUCUUCUGCACAAACACGAGGAAUCUGGCUGCUGUGUAGCUCACUGAGUUUGCCUGAACAUUUUUGUACUCCUUUUCAACAAAAUAGGAAGAACCUGCCCCCACCACCCCAGAAGUGUUUUAUCUUCUACUUCCCAACUUGCCAACUCCUCCGGAAGGUGCAAAAAACAGCAAUUUGCUUUUUUGUUCAAUUGCUUAAGCAUGACAGUUGUGUGAUACAAAGGAAACCAAAGCAUUUAAAAUACAGAAAGAAGUAAAUGCCAAACGGACUACCUUUUUUUGCUAAAAUUUACAUUCCAGCCAAACAGAAUCGCCCAAAGAAGUUUUAUUUUUACAAUAACAAUAAUCAAAAACUAAGUUUUGCCAAAUACCAAAUAUCACACACAGGUGCUUUUCAGUGUCCUCCAUAUCAAGUCAGUAAGUGACAAAUAGGACUGGUUGAUGGUAUCGUUUAUAGAAAAGCAUACUUCUUAAUCAGUCACCUGAAAUGUCUUCAAAUUGCAUAAUUCAAUGAGGAAGAAGAAUGUAUGUCCAAUAGUUUGCCAUGACUUAACCGUAUGUACCUUUGUAAAACUGUCACAGCAGACAUUCCUGAGUGCAUACUUGAUACAUAUUUCAUUUUUUAAAUUUAUUGUGGUUGUUAACUUGUGUUGUUUUUUUUAAAAAAACGGGAAUAAGUGCAAGAGUGAGGGUUGAUGGGAUUUUGACAAUGGAUUUCUUAAGAGCUUUUUUUCCUAAAUGCACAAGGGAAAUGCAAUAUCGUGAGCAAUACCCUCCAAGUGCCUUUUUUAAAAAUUGAUAACUUUGUUUAAGUAUAUGGACAUAAUGUAAAUAGUUCUAUUUUUAUAUGACUGAAUGUGUUCUGAAGCAAAAUGAAAUAUUAUCUAUAGACAAGUCUAUAGGUAUCUUGAAGAAAGUGUGAAGCCAAAUGUCUUAUACUGUUUUCUAGAAAUAAUUUUUUGUACAAUAAACAUUUUGAAGUAA